UGCCAGGACCUCAGCUGCCUGGGCCUGGCCGGGUGACUGGCAGGAGGCGUGAGGGCCCUCAGGGCUGCUCCUGGGGGCUGGCGAGCACAGCCUGGGGCUGACCGGCUCUCUUGCAGGUGCUGCCUGGGCCAUGCCGCCUCCCAGCCCAGAUGUUUGACCCCCUGCGGGGGAAGGUAGCUGCCUGCAGGUAGAUGCUCUGCCAGCGCUAGGACAGCGUUGGGGUGCUGGGGGUGGGGGGAGACAGCCCAAGACCCUGGUCCUGAGCCCCAGGCUUGACACCACUGGGUGGAGAAGGACCCACAGGACAGGUUCUGAGUUGGCUCAGGGAGCCCUUAGGUGUUCAGUGCUAGACUACGGGCAGCCAUGGAGCCGCCCUCAGGCCCACAGCCCCCCAGGCUUGCAGCUCCUCAAGAUCACAGACUCCCAGACUCGCAGACCCCAGCCUCGCAGUUCCCCAGCCUUGCAGCCCCCCAGGCUCAGGUUGGGGAGAAGCCUAUAGCCAAGCCCCUCUGUGUGGACCCUGAAGGAAGGUCAGGACAAGGGCUGCUCUGGCAGGGAUGGAGGCUGGGAGAGGGAGGGGUGAGGUCCCCCAGCCGAGGGCUCCCCCAGGCGGUGAGGGCACCCUCAGGGCCCGUCCUGGAGCCUUCUUGGGGCAGGAAGGGGGCCUGGGGCGGCCUGUAGGAGACGUCGGUGCCCAAGGCUCCUUGGAGCUGGCUGCAGCGAGCUGGGCUGGAUGAGGCGGCAGUCACCCCGCCAGGAGAGGGAGACGGUGGAGAAAUGGACUGGCGUAGGUGGCCUCGGACCCCCGGGUCUCAGAGCCAGGACCAGAAGAAACAGGCCCCAGGCAGACCUCUCGGGCCAUACGGGUGAGGGGAAGGGCUCAGCCGUGGGCUACAGCUGGGUCCAGGCACCCAAGGACUGCUGGCUCCCUGCCUCCAGCUCCUGCUCACCUUCCCCACGGGCUGCCCAGCCAGGCAGCGUGUCCAGGUCCGAGUCUCCGGCCAUCCACAGAGGAGGGACGUCCGCCCCCUUGGUGGACAGAGAGGGACUGUGGCCUCGUGGCGAGAGGCAGCAGGAAGAGCAGAGCCCCAUGGCGUGUGGAGCUGGCUUGAGCUGGACGUGCACACCAGCACACACAUGCACCCUCCUAUGCACACACGUGCACAGACACCAACACACCAGUGCUCACACCAAUGCACACACAUGAACACGAGUACACACACCAGUGCACACACCAACAUACACACCAGUGCACACAGCCUUGCACACGCACACACUUUCUUUGUUCUCUCUCUGGGAUUCCUGCUGGUUCAGGAAGACCCCGGACCGUCUUUGGCCGUACACUUCCUGUUUCUGUUGUGCUCUGCAUCCUGUCAGAUUUUCUCACCUUUAUCUUCUGGGCCAUCAGUUGGAUUUUCCUUUUCAGAGGUGGAGGAAGAGAAUCAUCCUUUCGGUCUCGUCCUCCUCCAGCGUUGUCCUUUUAUUUUUAGAGAGGUUCUGGUCACCAGACAAUUGUGCAUAAAAUACAGGGUUCCCGUGAACCACCCUGCUGCUCACGCCUUGCGAUGGGGUGAAGCGUUUGUCACAGCUGAUGAAGCACGUUUUUGUAACUGUGCCAUCAGCUAUAGUUUAUGGCUUAACUCGGGGCUCACUGUUUGUGUUGGGCAGUUCCUGGGUUUUUUUUAAAAUUCUGUGACUGUCUACACCUCUAAGGUUUGUCCUUUAGCCACAUUGACGUGCCAGUUCAGUGCAGUUAACUGCGUUCUCGUGUGGAACCACCGUCGCUAGAAGCAGCUGCCCGUUCCCUGUGCCCGGGGCCACCCCCAGCGUCCCGCCCGCAGUGGGUGCCCUCCAAGCCCUGAGUGCUCUGGUCUGACGGUCGCUUCCCUUGCUCUUCAUUUCCACCCCGUGGUGCUCUCACUCGGGGCUUUCCUGCUGGUCGCCGGCCCUCGGCCCUGGUGGUCUUGGCUGUGCCCACCCUCAAGACAGAGGCCCUGGGUGGCUGGUGUGGGUCCCUGGGUGGGCCGGGACUCGGUGGAGAAUGGGGGACCAUGCGGCAGCCCGCGGGGGGCACUGCCUGGAGCCCCCGUCACCCCUUCAGCCUCAAGGGAUCACAGCUGCUGCCGGGCCUUGGCCGGGUCUUGGCCGGGUCAGUGCCGGGCUGGGGUCAGCAAGGCAUGGGGGUCCGGCCAGCUUGGCCCCAGCAGGCCCGUCCCAGGCAGAGGCUCCCUGAGGGGGGAACCCGGCUCCCGCCGCACGGCUGUGGGCACAGAACCCCAGCAGCCACCGACCUGGUUCACAGACGCUGCAGCCCAGGCUGACACCCCCAGGCCUGAGUCUGAGGCCACAGAGGCGUCUCUCCAGCCCCAACCUGAGUCCGGCCAGGGCCACGGGAAGCCCCCGCACCGGUCAGUCCUCGGCCACAGGGUCCGCGGCGCCGACCAGGCCUGGGUGCUCUGUGCUGGACGAGCCUCAGGAGUCCCAGGCCAAGAUGUCGGCCAGUCAGGCAGGAAGAUGCCGGAGGGGCUGACCAGGGUGGCCGUCCACUGCCCUCCAAGGGGCCCCAGAGAGCAGAGCCGGGCACACUGACCCCCCAUCCUCCGUGCUCGGCUCCGUGGCCCUGUACCUUCCACACGGCCUUCGGGGAGCUCGAGGCUGUGACAGUGGGCUGUGGGCCUCGAGCGGCUCGGCGGACAUCAGUGGCACGGACGGGGACAGCACAGGCUGGCAGCUUGGACGUGAAUGGACCCUGCCUGGGAUGGAGCCAGCGUCCGGGUGUGGGAGCUGAGCUGGCCGGGCCCGCAGAACCCCCGCCCACCGAGCGAGGGCCCGGGCAGCCACGGGGGCAGCCUUGGCGAGCAGCUGGCGGAGGAGCGCCUGUCCCCUGCCCGACUGCAGGCCCUGGCCCAGGUGGAUGACCUGGCAGCAGUGACUGUGCUGGAGAUGCGCGUCGACACCCGGGAGCACAGUCUGGGCAACUUCGGGCUGCACCUGCCCAACCUGAGCCAGCUGAAGUUGAACGGCAGCCGCCUGGCUUCUGUGAGGGUCUCUCCUGGCUGAGUCUCCACUGAGAGGACGGGGCCCAGGGCCUGGCGACGUGUCCUGCUGCCACCGGCUCCUGACCUGACGUUCCAGGGAGGCUCUGGGGCCUUCAACUCACUGUCCCGUCUGGCGUCUGGCGGAUCUUUCGGGUGUUUGAUCCUAAUCAACUGUUUAAUUAAACAUCGUGUGGGUAACACGCAUUGACCCCAGGAUCAGGCCAGGAUCAGGCCAGGAUCAGGCUGUCUCACGAGGUCACAUGGCUGGCAGGGUUGUCAAGGGCCCACCCUGGGGUACUGGGAAGGUGCCCAUGACCCCGGGGCAGAGGCCUUCGGCCAGCGCGGAGCCCUGAGUGGUCUCCGGUGGGCACCACGGAACGAGCAGGCCUCGGCGCGUUUCCAGCCCCGCUGCCCCUGUGGCCUCGAACGAGGGUGCGCAGCCCCGCAGGAGAGGGGGAGCAGACGGCCCCAGGGCACCCCAGCCCCAGAGCCUUCACCCAACCCUUUCUGUCAGGGGCCAGGGCACAGACCCAGGGCAGCAGCGUCUGCAGGCUGAGAGAGCUUCCCGCAGCACACAGGCUUGGGGAUGGACCUGAAACACAGAAUUCAAAACUAAAGCAAGGUUAAUGGAUUGAGCCCGAAAGAACAAAGCUGAGAUAAUAUUGGACUUUACUGUUUUGCUUGAGCAGAGAGGGUUUUGUGCAAACACUUCUGGUCUAAUGCAGCCAGCGUAAGGCAGGGGGAUGCCAGUCAAAAUUCUAGAAAACUUCACAGACAUUUCCGUCGGGCUCUAAGUCACUGGAUUCAUUUAUUCCCAGGAAAGGCAAUAAAGAUAUUCCUUAAACAGUGUCACUCUAAAUGUUUUCUCAAUUUUGAUGAUAACACCGUGUAUCAAAUAAACAAAGAAUUUAAUAAAACAUAUGAAGAUCUGGAAAUGGUUGAAGGAAAUUGGAAGAAGGGCCCUCCUGGGCAGUCUCUGGAGCUGCUAUGAAAAAAGCCUGGAAAGUUCUCGAGCCCAGACUCAAAACGGCACUCCAGUGGAACCAGGAGUCAAGUAGAAAAAGAUUGGAAAAUCAUCCUUACAGAAACCUGCCUUUGACACACAAAUGUUAAUAUUGUUAGCCUGGUGUAUUAGCUCCAUGAACAAGGAUUCUAGUAUAUAAAGGAUUCUAGUAUAUAAAGGAUUCUAGUAUAUAAAAUUCAAUAAAGGAUGAGAACUAUGAGAGCUGGAAGGUAGCAUAAAAUUAAGAAUAUGAUACACCAUUUGAAACAAAACAGAUAAUGCCAAGACAAUGAUCCAGUCUCAGAUUGGAUGGAAAUGUGUUUGUUCAGUAGCAGCAGUGAACUUGGCCACAUGAUGUUUGCAAACCUUCCUGGAUGAAGGUGAAUGAAAAUGUGAAAAAGGGAACCAUUUAAUUAAAUGUGAUGGUCCCACAAACCGUUUUGUAACUUAGCUGAUCAUAGCUAUAUUAAAUAUAUUAACUUCUCAGCAUUACAAGGACUGGAAAAUAAUGUCAAUGUGAUGACUGCGGUCAUCAGAAGCCGGGAGAGAGCUCAGCAGCCUGAAGGCACCGGUGACUUGGAGACUCAUGUCCUCGUAGAGGGGCCUCGGUUGCCCAGGCCGGUGCCGCAGGGGAGUCGGGAAUCGCGGCCUCGGGGGGGGCUCGGGCGUCCUUUACCUGGAGCCGCUGUGCGGAAAGUUCGCUCCAACAGUGUCCAAAACCCUAUCCUGGAAAUGACUGAAAAAUCUAACAGACAGAUUUCACAACAGCUUCCUCACUUGAAUUUCCUUCAUCACCAGAGAUGUCAAACCUCUCCUCAUAGUUAACUGUUUGUGUUUCCCCGUGCUACUUUUGUGGGUGCCUCUGUCCUCUUCUUGCUCAUUUCUGGGAGCUCCUUUUUGCAGACUUUGCAAGCGUCGUCACCCUGUCUCCUGUCUACGUCCUCCCUGGCAUCCCCAUUGCAUAGCAGCCCUUCAUUUUUGUCGGGUCACAUCCGUCAAUUCCGGUUUAUGCUUUGGGGUCUUAUUUAAGAAGUUUGCCUGCACCCCCAAGAUCACAGAGAUCUACUUUUUCUUCUUUUUGUUUUGUGAUCUCACUUUUCACUUUCAGGUCUUUAAUGCAGCUCAGCUUCAAUGUCACCUCUGAUUGUGGUCUGAGAUGGGGACCCAGCUUCAUUUUUCAACAUACAGUGAGUCAGUUUUCCCACCAUAAUCUACCAAAAACCCGUUGUUUCCCACUGACUGUGGU